AUGGACCACAGCUAUUUACCGGCUGUCGUGAAUCUAACAGAUGCGGACCAUAGUGAUCUUGGCAUUAUGUGCGUUUUCGAACUCCAGCCGGAUUCACCUCGCGAAGUCAUCCCAUCUCGUACGUACUUUCUGGUGGACAUACGAGAUGUACAGUUAAAUUCUUCAGACGAUUGGAGGAUUAUCGACCUUGUAAACAAAAAGCGCACGGAUGCCAUUGCCAAAUUUUCGUCAGCCUUUGCGGCUGCCAGUGCCAUUGGUGUGGUCACGACUGAGGACUCGACCGGUAUGUACCGCUUCUUGGCAGUUGGUAACAUAAGCCUGGUCAUGGCUGUUACCUCCAAUGUCUCCUAUAUCGUCUCUCCGCUGAUACCCACCUCAGAAGUACGAUUUGCAGUCGCUGCGACCUCGACGCUGGACAAUAUUUUGUCAAAGGUACUGUCAGAGCCCCCCUAA